UUGAGCGGGAUCAUUUGAUGUUUAUUUAUGAUAAUGACAAUUAAGAGUAUUCCUUUGCCACAUUAAAUUUCGUAUGUUUAUCGACGCACAAAACGAGUUUCGCUUCUUGCGAUUCAAAAUGCCCGUAGAUCAAAUACAAUACUCGGAAAAGUACUACGACGAUAAAUUUGUGUACAGGCACGUUAUUUUACCAGCUGACCUUUCUAAACAUGUACCGAAAUCACAUCUAAUGAGUGAAACUGAAUGGCGUAAUCUGGGAGUUCAACAGAGUCCUGAAUGGGUUCAUUACAUGAUGCAUGGGCCAGAACCACAUGUUUUACUAUUCCGUAGACCAAGGACUGAUCUUGUAAAUAAUGUUCGUACAGCACCAGUUCAAUCACAUAAUCAGGCUGUCCGUUGUGAAUGAAUGUAAUGUAUAAUAAUUAAGAGAAUGAUUAAGUAA